AUGAAAUAUGACUCGGAUUUGCUGUUGCUAUUUUUUGUGAUACUAUCAAGGAUUAAGAUUUUAAUAAUCGUACCGAUAUAUAUUUGUAUGAUAUCGUUAUUUCUUCAGAAGCUUGUCAGUUCAUCGAGAUCAGUGAAUAACCUUACGAAUAGAAUUGGAUGUUAUGGCUUUACUGAAGCAGAAACUCCUCCUGGACAACAUUUAUUUCUGUCUUUACCAAAAGAAGAGCGAGAGGAUUUUUUAACUUAUUGCCUCGGAAAUGUCAUUUUCCAAAAUACAACAUCGCCAUUUACACGAGACAAUAAUUUCACCCCUGAGGAUUUGGGAAUAGACAAAAAUUUAAUACAAAAAUUCCAAAAUUUAACGGUACCAGAAAACUUCACGAACAAUCUUUACACCUUCGUUAAAUCCCAAUACAAUAUGGACCAACAUAGUUUACGGAGUUUAAUUCUUCAGCGCAUGGUUUGCUUAUCAAAUGGCACUUGCGUGGACAUGUCUGAUGUCGGCAGUAUGUGUUGCCCAUUUUAA